CGGAGCUGCCCCUGAGGCGGGGGGGGGGGCGGCUGAGGGAGCGCGGCUCACGGGACCCGGCCCGGUUCCCGAGCCCGGCAGCGGGGAGGGGGGACCAGGCUGCCCGCCCCCCUCCCCCCGGCUCGGCGGCGGGGCGGCCGGCGGGGCUCGGCCCCGACCCGCGGGGCAAGGGCCCGGCCCAGGCGGCGGCGGCGGGAGCUCGGCUGCUCACCCGCCUCCCGGGGCGGCCCUUCCCUCUUGUCUGUCGCUGAUUUGGUCGCACUUCAAGUGUUUUAUCCCCGUCUCACCCCUUCCCUGCUCUGCCCGGGGGUGGCUGCCGUGCCCCGUGUUUUCCUCCCGCUGACACCGGGGGGGUCGCGGUUCCUCAGUGACCUCCUUGGCGGGAAAGGAAGGGGGGGCUGGGGGUCCUGGGCGGAGAGAAUUACCUGCUUCUGCUUCUUCUCGUUCGAAGGGGGGUCUGUAGAGCUCUGGUAGGUUGGGUUUGUGGCAGCACUGACCCUGGAGCAGCGGGGGUGACACAUCAUGUGCCAGGCGGAACCCGAGUGGCUGAAGGAUGCCCCUGGGAGCUCUCGAUAGGCACCCGAGGCCUCAAACUUUUGUAGGCGUGAGAAGCGAAGACGUUAGAAUUGUUUCUGAAAACUCCUGCGAGGAAACCUGGUUCCAGCUUCCAAACGGCUGAAAAAGCCCCUGCUCUGUGCCUGUAGCUGGACAGUGAGGACAGCAGGGCAGAAACCAACCCCUGCCAGCGCCGCGGAGCUGGGGGCCAUGGGCUGCUAGGAAUGGAAAGCCACGAGAGAGACUCGGCAGUUGUUUGUUUUUAUGUGGUGGCCUGAAGUCCCAGAGGAUGACCUAGCACUUAAGAAUCAAACUGGGCCGAGUGAAAGGCCAAGUUGACUUGAAAGAACCCAGCAGUGGGACCAGGUCAGAAGCAAAGUGAGUUCCCAAACUGAGCGGAUCUGGUCAGAGAUACAUAUUCUUUUUAAAAGACACUGUGUUGCUGGAGCCAGGCCUGGAUCUUUUAGCAUCCAAUUGAGCUGGAAGCAGCUCGUAGGGUUGUUUUCUUUUUGUUUUGUGUUUGUUUUUUUUUUUGUUUCAUUUUUCUUUUUAAAUUCAUGUUUGUACAAUCUUCUGGAUAUUAUUUUUCAAGAAGGAGUAAAAGGGAGUGUUGGAAACUAACAAACAGGAUUAAACCCCUGAGCGCUUAAGGAGAACAGGUUAAGGAACUUUAAUCCAGGAUGGAUAUGCAGGAGUCCCCGGAGCUGGGGAUGUUUGCAGAGGGGGAGCUGAUGUCUGUGGGGAUGGACACGUUCAUCCACCGCAUCGACUCCACCGAGGUCAUCUACCAGCCACGGCGCAAGAGGGCCAAGCUCAUCGGCAAGUACCUGAUGGGAGACUUGCUUGGAGAAGGGUCUUAUGGCAAGGUCAAGGAGAUGUUGGACUCUGAAACCCUCUGUAGGAGAGCUGUGAAAAUACUGAAGAAGAAGAAGCUACGCAGGAUUCCCAACGGGGAGGCCAACGUGAAAAAGGAAAUUCAACUCCUGCGACGAUUGCGGCACAAAAAUGUCAUCCAGUUGGUAGAUGUGUUGUACAAUGAAGAGAAGCAGAAAAUGUAUAUGGUGAUGGAGUACUGUGUGUGUGGGAUGCAGGAAAUGCUGGACAGUGUCCCAGAAAAGAGGUUUCCAGUUUUUCAGGCUCACGGGUACUUUUGUCAGCUUAUAGAUGGCUUAGAAUACUUGCACAGCCAAGGGAUUGUCCACAAGGAUAUCAAGCCGGGGAACCUCCUGCUCACAACCAAUGGGACACUAAAAAUAUCUGAUUUAGGCGUAGCAGAGGCACUGCAUCCGUUUGCAGAGGACGACACGUGCAGAACGAGCCAGGGGUCGCCAGCAUUCCAGCCACCAGAAAUUGCCAAUGGCCUUGACACCUUUUCAGGCUUUAAAGUAGACAUCUGGUCUGCAGGGGUCACGCUAUACAACAUUACAACGGGUCUGUACCCCUUCGAAGGGGAUAACAUCUAUAAAUUGUUUGAGAACAUUGGGAAAGGUGACUACACAAUUCCAGAGGAUUGUGGCCCUCCACUCUCAGACUUAUUGAGAGGGAUGCUUGAAUACGACCCAGCCAAGAGAUUUUCAAUACAGCAGAUAAGGCAGCACAAUUGGUUUCGUAAGAAACAUGCUCAGGCAGAGGCUCUGGUGCCCAUACCUCCCAGCCCAGAAACAAAGGACAGGUGGAGAAGUAUGACGGCCGUGCCUUAUCUGGAAGAUCUGCACAGGUACAACGAGGAAGAAGACGAUGACUUGUAUGACAUUGAAGAUGAUAUCAUCUACACUCAGGACUUCACAGUACCAGGACAGGUGCCUGAGGAGGAGGCAGGGCAGAACGGGCAGAGCCGCAGCAGGGGGCUGCCCAAGGCCGUCUGCAUGAACGGGACGGAGCCGGGACAGCUGAGCAGCAAAUCCAAGGCGGAGCGACGGGCCAGCGCCUCUUCCAACCCCUCCCGCAAGGCCUGCUCUGCCAGCAGCAAGAUCCGCAAGCUCUCCACCUGCAAGCAGCAGUGAGAGGAGCCCGCGCUCUGCACAGCGUCCCCGUCCUCCCCCCAUCUCUGCCCCCCCCCCCCGGAGCGGGUUGUGCUUCCCAUCCUAAAGGAAACCAGAGGAACCCGACCAAGGAGCCCUCCCCGCGGCCCCCGCUCCGGGCAGCGCCAGGAACCAGCAGCUGAUGGUGGCCAGAUCCCACUUACCACCUCGGAAGAUGAAAUCUCCAGCUGGGAAGAUGCUGCCCCUCCUCCCAAUCACUCUUUGCCAAUCAAGACACUGAUUCUGUUUUUAAUUUUGCGAUGGGAAGGGCGGGAUGAGCGGGGCUGGGGGGGUGGGACCCGCGCCCCCCUCCCCGCCGGGCCCCCUGGCUGUGUAGAGUCGUGCAAAGCCAUUGCCGUGCACUUUAUGUUUUAGACUACUGUUAUAUAUUAUAUAUUUUCCUCUUUUUUUUUUUGGUUUUUUUUUGUUUGUUUAUAUUUGCGGUAUAUUUAGAGAUUCCUACACAUCGUGAUGUGUUUAAAAUAAACCAGAUGAGGAAAAAAAAAAAAAACAACAAAAAAAAACCCCACAAAAAACCAAACCAAACAGGUAUUAAGACAAAGCAAAACUUAUUAAACCUGCAUGCUGUAAAAGGGCUCGGAAAAGGGAAUGGGUGCGCUCGUCUGUUUUCUUUUGGGUUGUUUGUUUGUUUUUUUUUUUAAGAAAAAAAAAUAAAGUGAGAACAGCGA